UUAUUAAGUAAAUGGAAGAUGGUGUUCAGAAAAGCGCAAGCUGCUUGCGUUCCAGCAGUUCACCUGCACAUGACUGCAGCCACCAUGCAAGUCAGCCAGAAAGACUUUGAAAAGGCUCAAGAACAACUGAAGCUUUUGAAAAAGGACCCUGGGAAUGAAACUAAGUUGAAGCUCUACGCUCUGUUUAAACAGGCUACUGAAGGUCCUUGCAAUUCUCCAAAACCAGGUAUGCUGGACUUUGUCAAGAAAGCCAAGUGGGAUGCAUGGAGUUCUCUUGGCAAUUUGUCUCAGGAGAAUGCCAGGCAGAAAUACACUGAACUUGUCUCAAGUCUGGUCUCUGCAGAAUCUGCUGGCCAGAAGAAAGAGGCUUCUCCAGAAGUGAGCGGACAUAGUGGCUAUGAAACAAUACUAGUUACCACCAAAAACAAUAUCACAAAGAUAAUGUUUAAUCGACCUGAUAGGAAAAAUGCCAUCAACCAUAAGAUGUACAGAGAAAUUAUCAAAGCGCUGGAAGAAGCUGGAAAAGAUGAUUCUACCAUAGCAGUUAUUACUGGAAAUGGAGACUACUAUAGCAGUGGGAAUGACCUGAGUAAUUUUACUAAUAUCCAGCCCAGUGAAAUGGAGAAGAUGGCAAGCGAUGGAGCAGUAUUACUCAAAGAGUUUGUGGGUCAUUUUAUCGAUUUUCCUAAACCACUGAUUGCAGUGGUAAAUGGCCCAGCGAUUGGAAUCUGUGUAACGGUCCUUGGGUUGUGUGACCUUGUCUAUGCUUCUGACAGGGCUACAUUUCACAGCCCGUUCAGUCAACUUGGACAGAGCCCAGAAGGAUGUUCCUCUUACCUGUUUCCAAAAAUCAUGGGCUUAGCUAAGGCAAAUGAGGUUUUGCUUUUCAAUAAGAAGCUGACGGCAGCAGAAGCCUGUGCCCAGGGACUGGUGAACGAAGUCUUCCCCGACAGGUCUUUUCAGGAGGAAGUUUGGGCAAGAUUAGAAGCUUAUGCAAGCCUCCCCAAAAACUCCUUGGCAGUGUCAAAGCAACUCUUGAGAAGUAUGGAAAAGGAGAAGCUCCAUGCAGUCAACAGUAAAGAGUGUGAAGUCCUGAAGGAGAGGUGGUUAUCUGAUGAAUGUGUUAAUGCUAUAGUCAGCUUCUUUCAGAAGAAAUCAAAACUCUAA